AUGGAAAUCAAACUGUAUGUCCAUCUGCGAGAUGACACGGGUGAUGUUGGAGGCUUCAAGACUUUUACUUUUGGUGCCACGUCGACAGUAGACGAUUUGAUGGGACAAAUCCGUGAUGUCUUUCAUAUCCCUUUGCAACAUCAAGAAGUUUACCUCGUUCGCGCUGGAACUGAAACUAAAAAUGAAACACUGGAACAACUCAAAAGUGGUACUCUGCAAGAAGUAAAAGUGACGAAUAAAAGCAAUAUUUAUGUGAAGCACGGAGAUCUUCCGACCGCAUUCUCAAUUCAUCCUUCCAAAAAAAAGUCGUUGACAGCAAGACUUCCAUGUACAUCGCAACAGAAUGGAAUGACGAUUUUGUUCCCAUUUCCAGCAUCAAAGAAGAAAAAGAUGUUAGCGUGGAAGUCCUUGUGCAACUUCUCUUGCUUGGCGCGUUUCUCUUUAUCGAUGAUUUACAUCCUGACAAUUGCGGUCAGUGGAAAGACACCAAGGACGCGGCAAUCGUUGAUUUUAUGCCCAAAGCCAACCGUUGGAGAAGCACUGACGAUGAACCUCAAGCUGACGUAUGAAGCCAGCAGCUUCCAAGAGGUACUAGAUUUGAAUGUUAGACAUGAAAGCUCGGAACAGGAGCUCUUCUUAGGAAUGAACUCGGGGAUUAAUUUCAACAAUUAUGAUGAAAUUCCCGUUGAAGCAACUGGUGAAAAUGUGCCACAACCUGCGACUUUGUUCUCUGAGCUGAAGUUGCACCAAUGGGUCAAUGAAAAUAUCAAAUUGUCGGGUUAUGGGCGUUCGACACCCGUGCAGAAGUACAGCAUUCCGGCAUUAAUGGAUAAUCGAGACCUGAUGUCUUGCGCGCAAACUGGAUCCGGGAAGACUGCUGCCUUUCUAGUUCCAUUGAUCAACCACAUUCUUCAGAACGGACCUGAAGCAUUUCCCUGUGCUCUUGUCCUUUCGCCAACUCGUGAAUUGUCACUUCAAAUCUAUAAUGAGUGCAGAAAGUUUGGCUAUCGUACACCCAUAACUUUGGCAAUUCUCUACGGUGGUCGCGAAAAUUAUCAACAACAAAUCAGCAAACUUCGGCUUGGUUGCCACAUUCUUAUUGCCACUCCUGGACGUCUUAUUGAUGUGAUGGAACAAGGAUAUGUUGGACUUACUGGUUGUCGCUAUUUGGUGAUUGAUGAAGCUGAUCGUAUGCUAGACAUGGGCUUUGAGCCUCAAAUUCGGCAAGUUGUCGAACUCUCAACUAUGCCAGAGAAGAGGUAUCGAGUGACUGCUAUGUUUUCUGCUAUGUUCCCGAAGGAAAUUCAGAUUCUGGCUCAAGAUUUUUUGGUGCCCAAUUACGUAUUCUUGGCUGUCGGACGCGUGGGCUCAACGUCAGCGAACAUCAUACAGAAGGUCGUUGGGGUCGAGGAUAAGGAGAAGCUCUGUUGUUUGAUGGACCUACUUGAUGCUGGAGGCAACGAGGCAUUGACGGUAGUGUUCGUGGAAACAAAGCGUGAACUAUGGUGUGGUGGCUAUUCAUGGAGAUGGUCUCGUGGUCUUGACAUCCCAAGUGUGAAACACGUAAUUAAUUACGACUUGCCCAACGAUAUUGAUGAAUAUGUGCAUCGUAUUGGACGUGCUAUGCUGGCAAUAUUGGAU